AUGCCAGUGAAAGACGGCGUGAUUUUCUCCGAAUGGGAAGGGCAAGAAUUAGAAGAACCGGUCUGGUCCUGUCGACUCAGCGGCGAUGGAGGAAUGACCUUUUCUCAGGCGCAAAAUUGCGAAGAGCAACAGAGGAAGAUUUUGCAGAACAGCUUUCCGGGCGAAUUCGAGGAGCAGUUGCUCAAGAAGAUUCAUCACAGCUUCUUGGAUUUGGAAAAACUGGCGCAGAAAUGCGUCAAAAUGAUCGAGACAUCUGCGCUGAAACGAGGCGAGGAGGUUUUCUACACAUUCAAAGAAAACAUGCAUCAAGCAAUGGUAACAGAUGUCAUUUUCAAAUCUCCGAAAAAAGUCAAAAGUACUAACAAAGAAAAUAUCCCCGACUGCGUCUACGACAUUUUAUUGGUAGACUCGAACAAAGAAAGAAACGGCGUGAGUCGCAAAUCUCUCGUCAGAAGCGUUGCUACUCCAGAUUUAUCAAUGAUGAAGACCUUCAUCCGAGCGCAUGCCCGUCGCCAUCCAGAGACGAGUUCCACUCCCUGGGUCGUCGACGACACUUUUAGGAGCAUUUAUGACAUUCCCGCUAAAGUCGAUCUUGAAAAGAUGAAAAACGGCCAUUCAGGAGACCAAAUGCAGACCAAGAAAUUUGACAUUUUUGAGAAAAUGAAAGAAGGUUCCAAAGGAGCGAAAAAGGAGAAAACGACGAAGAGGAAAAAAGACCCAGAAGAUUCAAUCCCGAAGAAGCCCAAAACAACAAAACCAAAGAAACAGUUCGUCCAGAAAACCAUCGCCGAUUCCUUCGCAAAAGCGGGGCAAAAGAAAGAAGCCUCGGACAAGCCAAAAGAAGUGACAAUUCCUCCCCGCGUAAUUGAAUACAUUCAAGAGCUGCAAAUCCUCGAUCGAAAAACGGACGAUUACUGGAGUUUGAUGAAAAAGGUUGUGACUCCAGCGUGGAACCAGCCAGUCGCGUUUAGAGACAAGUGCAAAACGAUGAUGUCGAAAUCGGUGGCUGAAGAUUUCAUGGCCGAAUUCGCGAUCAAAAGACUGGGGAACAAACCCAGUUCUACAAGGGACUGGCAGCUUAUUGAUCAAAGGGGAAUGCGACCUCUUCCAGAAUUCGCGCACAUAACAGAAUGUGUCGAUUCCGACUUCUACUGGUUUACGCACAACGAGCAAAUCGAGUUCCUCGACGUUUUAUACAUCUCCAACUAUUUCCUCAACACGAAUCUUGUGAAACUGCGACCGCUUGCAGAAGGCCAGGAGUACUCCAACGCAGAGCUUCAACAUGGUGCUUUCAAAUUGGUACAUGGAUUGCUGAAGAAUGAUCUGGGAGUUUGUGCUUCUUUUUGGGCGAAUUAUCUCAGACAAACGAGUCAAAAAGAUAGAGCCAAGUUCCGCACCCUUCAAGUCUCCAGAAAGCUUCUCAAGAAGCCCGGUUGGCUAGCUGUCGCCGAAUGGCACCUCGACUUAACGCCCUAUCAACGCGCUCAAAAACUGAUAAAAUGUGCAGAUGGAUAUAUUGACCGAUAUCCGGACGAAUGCACGCCGGAAAAGAAGACUUUUCCACUUGGAGUCGACCGUUCCGGGCGAACAUACUGGGUGUUUUUCUUUGUUACAUUUAUUCUCGUCCAGCCGAAUGAAGGGAUUGGAGCAGGAACUGGACAGUGGUAUGUUAUCAAGGAUGUUGAAACGCUCAAGAGGACGAUCGACCGACUUGAUCCCCGUGGCGUCAACGAGCAAGCUUUGAAAGAAGUCCUCAAAGAAGAGCUAGAACCCGUGAAGAAGAUUUUCAAAGAACGCGCUGAUUUCGAAGCAAAUCCUCCCUCUGAGCGCGUGUCUCGUUCCUCAAGUAUGGAUUGCAAUCCAGAUGAAAUAGUCAAAUCGCAGCUCGUGGAGCUAACUGAGCGACUGUACCAGGGCCAACUGUCGAACGUCGAUGAAAUUGAGCCUCUGCACGCUAGAAUUAAUACAAUUGACGUGACGCCGACUGGAGAUUCGGAUGGACUGAACGAUUUGAGAGAGCUGAUAUUUGAAGUGACCGACUCGAUUAUGGACAAAAAUAUCAAGAAUCCGUCCCAGCUUCUGCCGCCGCAUCGGGAGAAAUUUUAUAAACUCGUUGAAGAUGAAAAAAUCUGUGGCCUAUCCGUGCUGAUAACUAUCGUUUGGGAGAGCGUGGCUUGGGACAAUUUCAAGCAGCGCAAGACCAUCCGCUCUGCCCGCCUUCGCGCUCGCGUCGACUACAGCGAAGACUAG